GAAGGAGUUUGAGGAGAUGAGCUGCCAUCCUCUUCUUGUUUAGGAAGGAAAUAGAGAAGAAGAGGAACCACGCUUGGAGAAGAAGACCCAUCCUCUGCCUCGCUUGUGCCUCACUUGGAAGCCUUUGAAGCCACCUUGUUCCAAAGCCCAGAUUAUAUUGGCUGUAGGUGAUGGAGACGUGGCCCGUGGCAACUCCCUCAUCAUGGCCCAAUGCCUCCUGGCGUGGCAAUGGGUCUUCUUCUGGGGCCGGGGAGGAGUGGGACGGCGGCAACCCCUUUGUGCAGCCGGGCUGGCAGGUUGCCCUGUGGGCACUGGCCUAUGGGGUGGUGGUGCUGGUGGCGGUGGUGGGCAACGGACUGGUGAUAUGGGUGGUGCUGGCCCACCGGCGAAUGCGCACCGUCACCAACUACCUGUUGGUCAACUUGGCUGUCUCUGAGGCCGCCAUGGCUGCCCUCAACACCCUGGUCAACUUCACCUACGCUAUCCACAACGACUGGUACUACGGGCGCGUCUACUGUCGCUUCCAGAACUUCUUCCCCGUGGCCUCCGUCUUCUCCAGCAUCUACUCCAUGACCGCCAUCGCCAUCGACAGGUACAUGGCCAUCAUCCACCCGCUGAAGCCCCGCCUCUCAGCCACGGCCACCAAGGUGGUCAUCUGUGUAAUCUGGGUCCUGGCGCUGCUGCUCUCCUUCCCGCAGGGCUACUACGCCAUCACUGCCGAGCUGCCUGGCCGCGUCGUCUGCCUGGUAGAGUGGCCCAAAAACACCACCCGGGCCUAUGAGAUCAUAUACCACGGCUGCGUGACCAUCCUGAGCUACAUUCUCCCACUGGGAAUUAUCGGCAGCGUCUACACGGAGGUGGGCAUCACCCUCUGGGCCAGCGGCAUCCCAGGUGACUCCUCCGACCGGUACCAGGAACAGGUCUCUGCCAAGCGCAAGGUGGUCAAGAUGAUGAUCGUGGUGGUUUGCACCUUUGCAGUCUGCUGGCUGCCCUUCAACGUCUACUUCCUCCUGCAGUUCUUCCAUGAGGAGUGGUACCAGCAUCGCUACAUCCAGCAGGUCUAUCUGGCCAUCCUGUGGCUGGCCAUGAGCUCCACCAUGUACAACCCAAUCAUCUACUGCUGCCUCAAUGACAGGUUCCGCAUGGGCUUCAAGCGUGCCUUCCGAUGGUGCCCCUUCAUCAGCGCCAGUGAAUACGAAGGCCUGGAGAUGAAGUCGGCCCGGUUCCUCCAGACGCAGAGCAGCAUGUACAAGAUCAGCCGCAUGGAGACCACCGUCUCCUCCGUGGCCGGGAUCCCUGAGGAGGAGCCGGAGGAGGAGGAAGAGGAGGAUGGCAAUGGCAGAGGGACGAGGAAGCGCCUCUCGGUCGACCUGGCCUCCAACAGCUCCCCCCGCAGUGACACCAAGACCAUCUCCGAGAGCCUCAGCUUCCACUCCAACACAUUGUCCUAAUCCAUCUGGCCGGAGAUGUCAUGGUCCAAGACCAAUGAGGCUGUUCUUUCUUCAUCACGACACAGCUCUCGGACUCCAUCCUGCUUUUUGUGGCAUCUCCUGCAGACUUUGGCUGCUCAAACAGCUUCAUCCGAGAGUCCUCCACUUUGAUUCUUCUCUUGUUUUGGAAGGGCCACACCUCUUUGUGCGGCGCUCCUUUCCUAUGUGUGCAAUGGUUGCAAUGUUGUUGUUGUCUGUCAUGGAGCCCCCUCGUUUCCCUGACUGUUGAGGAAGCAGCCACUUCUCUGGGCCAAGACUCACCCAAUUCACUAUAGCCAUCCUGGGCGGUGCCUCUUGUUAUUGCCUUCUUCUCUUUGGGACAAUGGGUUGCAAUGGCCCAAACACAAGAGCACUGCGUUCAUCCAAAGCCAUACUUGCCUGGGACUCUCAGGAUGGAGAUGAAUGGAGGCCAUGUUGCAAUGUGUUGUGGAAUCUGGGCCAAUUCAGCCCAAUAAUAACCUCCAGUUAGGGAGGUUCCACCAAAAUAUAACAGAGUGCCAGAACAUAAGUCCAUAACCAACAGAAACUCACUGUGUGGUGUGCAGAAAUAUGCUUCAUGUCAGUGGCAACUAUUGAGGACUAAAGCAGGAUGGAGAAAUGGAACAACAUCGUUUGACCAAAUAGGACAUCUUGUGUUGGUGUUUAAACCAAAACAGUGGAAUGUGUGUGCAUGAAAGAGAAGGUGUGCUUCAUGCAGCUGGAACAUAUAAGUGGGGACAAUGACUGGCAGGUUUGGCCAUCCAUUCAACAGUCCAGCUACUGUGGGGAUGGAAUGGGACACGGGCAGAGGUGGGGCCAAUACCCAAUGCAAUGCUAUGAAAGUGGCUUGCACAAGGAUGUAGCAGAUGCCUCCCCAAUAGUGAAACUGGCCCUGUUACUGUAUUCCAAGAGCAGUCUUGCAUUCUUGGUUUGGUGCAACCAGAACUUGGUUACAGAUGGAGAUUAUUUAAGAUUGGGUUGCUGUGAGUUUUCCAGGCUGUUUGGCCAUGUUCCAGCAGCAUUCUCUCCUGAUGUUUGGCCUGUAUCUGUAGCUAAUGGCAUCUUCAGAAGGUCUGUUGGAAAUGAGGCAAGUGGAGUGUAGAUAUAUAUACAUAUACAUA